UCUUAAUUAAUCCACAAAUACAUCAUGUUUCACAAGUCCUGGUGAUCAAUCUGUUUCCGAUGAUCAUCAUAAUAACUGUAUGUCAUCAUCAUCCUCCAUAAGCAUCUUCAUGAACAAUAUUUAAUGAUCCACCCUCUCUCAUGUUGCUGUUGAUAUCUAGCCAGAACUGCAUUACCUUUAAUUGUAUUUAGAACAAAAGCUUCUUGUUUUUUCCCCUUCUCCAUAUGAUUAAUAAUUAUCAGAUCACUACCCUUCAACUAUUUAACCACAACUGAAAGGAAAUUCGGAGCUGGAUAAUGGUUUCUCUUUGUUGUUGCUUUCAUAAUGAUGACCCAGGAGAGAAUGUCAACAGUUCCCACAGGGGCUUCAUGUACACAUUAUUCAACAAGUACGCAGCAGUAUUCAGCAACGAGGAAACUCUUGCCCUCCCUGCACACAACAGAGGGCCACCAACCCCUUCAGUGGAAUCCAAUGCAGCAGUAUUUAAUAUUACACAAUCCGAAACUAGCAUGAUUUCUCCAGGAAUCUUGCCAUUCGAAGCCAAUCCCGGACCCUCCAAUACCGCAGGCCAAACACACCAAGAAACAGAACGAGCAGCGCAAGGUAGGGACUGUACUGUCCUAGAAUUUGUGCCCGAAGAAGGUAAAUCAAGUGAAAACAACUCAAAGGCCCCAAUUAGCGUCUCAAAAGAAGAGGCAGAACCUGGAUAUCGUUACAUUCAUGCAUCCAUAGACGAGGAGGAUGUUUGUCCCACGUGCCUCGAAGAGUACAGUGUUGAAAAUCCAAGGAUAGUCAUGCAAUGUAACCACCAUUACCACCUUAGUUGUAUAUACGAGUGGAUGGAGAGAAGCCAAACCUGUCCUGUUUGUGGCAAGGUGAUGAUAUUUGAUGAAACAAGUUGAAUUCGCAGUAAAGCUUCCAGAUAUUGAAGAUGAGCAUUGGAUACAAGAAGGUUUUCCUUGGCAGGCCCCUCUAGACGUUCAUUUCAUUAUUUUAUUUUGUUAAAUUUGUUCGUAAAGAGGCGAGUUAGUGACUCAUUUUUUUAUGAAUUUUAUUUCCCUGUAAAGGUUUUUUAUGGAUUUGAUUCUUGCACUGUUGGUUCCAUUGAAGUUUUGAAUUUUAUUGCCGUAUAAAGUCUUGGAUUACUAUUUUAUUACA